GUUCAAUCGACAAACAAGCGACUGCUGCAGUAGCUUCGCCUGAGGUUCUCGCGUUCUGACGACACUUCAAGACACCAGCCACAUCUUACUGCAUCCAUCCUCAUCAACCAUUCGUCCACCUACAUAGUUGUUUGCCUCACGAUAAGAUCACCAACCUCAUCGCAUCAUCCAGAUAUGGACUUCUUCCAAUUCGAGCGAGCUUCGCCACAGAACACCAGCAUGGACCCCUCCAGCACGACUUACGACUUCAAUGCCCUCAGCCCGACCACCCCAGAGCCCGAAAAUAUGUUCAGAGACCAUGGCAUGUCGCCGCAAAUACACAUGAACCCAAAUAAUAUGUGGAAUGGCCCACCACAACCCAUAGUCGACGGUGGAUUGGAAAAGCUUCUGCACAGCUAUCCAGCAGCCAUGGAUCAAUAUGGCCAAGUCACACCGCCAGACGACGCCGACAUGCACGGCAUGACGAAAGCGUUUGGCAAGCGAGCUGAUUCCGGUGCCUCGGGCUUCGAAGUUGGCGCCUCCUCAAGCAUGUCUCCUCGUAAUUCAAAGAGACCUUCGGUGAGGUCGUCACAAAAGAGCCGGAAAGAGAGCAGGGCAUCGGAGGACGGUUCGACCGGUGACAAAAAGGACAAAUACCGAGAGAAGAACCGUGUCGCAGCGGCAAAAUGUCGUGCCAAGAAGAAGGAACACACAGACAGCCUUGAGGACACAUAUCGUACUCAGAGCGCCAUGAACACUGCUCUGAGGCAGACUGAGAAGUCUCUUCGAGAUGAAUUGUCGUACUGGCGUACGCAAGCACUCCACCACUCCUUCUGCGAUUGCGUCGACCUCCAAGAAUACAACAUGAGGAAGGCUCAGAGCAUGGCUUUUGGCACAAACAAUGGUGCAGCACCCUCACCCGUCCUCAUGAACAGUCCAUCGGGUUCGUCCGGUCGCAACCAUCUUCGUUCGUCAUCGAUCGCCGAUAUGGUCUCUCCCGUGAUGAGCGAAGCGUCGCAGAGCAACUCUUUCGUAUAUGGCGAGACUUCCUUUUCUCUUAAUGAUUCUUAAAAUUCUGAGAAUUGUGUUGUAAGCAGGGGGCGGAAUCCAGCACAGCGGCUGCGGUAGCAUGGGUGUUUCUUCUUUUUUUUUCUCCAAAGAAUCUGCGACGAGAUGGCGUUAUGAACGAAGGCGUUUCUGGUCGACG